UUUUAUUUCGGCUUUUGCCUCUGAUGGUUUGUUGCUGAGGAAGUGCAGGCAUCUGGACAGGAAUCAACAUUAGUCGCUAGACAGCGCGAGUCGAGGCUGACGUUGCUGCGAUGGAGGCAAUUGGUGUGUCCUACUCGAACCCGUUGGAGGACUACGAGUUGAUUCACCGAAUCGGCAGUGGUACAUACGGAGAUGUAUUUAAGGCCCGAGACCUCAAGACGUCUGUGGUAUCUGCAAUCAAAGUUGUAAAACUAGAUCCUGGUGAUGAUAUCUCAUCUAUCCAACAGGAGAUCACCAUGAUUAGAGAAUGCACUCACAAGAACAUUGUGGCCUAUUUCGGCAGCUACUUCAGAAAUAACAAGCUGUGGAUCUGCAUGGAGUACUGCGGCGGAGGUUCCCUGCAGGACAUUUAUCAUGCUACUGGCCCCCUGAACGAGAGGCAGAUUGCAUAUGUGUGCAGGGAAACACUCCAGGGACUGCGUCACUUACAUGAGACUGGAAAAAUGCACAGAGACAUAAAAGGAGCCAACGUUCUUCUAACAGAGCGAGGAGAUGUCAAACUCGCGGAUUUUGGCGUUGCAGCUGAGAUCAAUGCCUCUGUUGCCAAGAGGAAGUCCUUCAUAGGCACACCUUACUGGAUGGCACCCGAGGUGGCAGCAGUGGAGAAGAAAGGCGGGUACAACCAGCUAUGUGACAUCUGGGCAGUGGGCAUCACCGCUAUCGAGCUGGCAGAGCUUCAGCCUCCAAUGUUUGACCUGCACCCAAUGAGGGCCUUGAUGGUGAUGUCGAAGGGCAGCUUCCAGCCUCCCAAACUGAAGGACAAGUCCAAAUGGUCCGUUGACUUCCACAACUUUGUGAAAGUAUCCCUCACCAAGAACCCUCGCAAAAGGCCUACUGCAGAGAAGUUGUUACAGCACCCCUUUGUGAGUCAGCGGCUGACCAGGACCCUGGCCAUUGAACUGCUGGACAUGGCCAGCAACCCUGUUCUGCAAACCUCACACACUAUGGAUGAGUGUGAUAUUGAGACAUGCAGUGCAUUCCCUGAUAAGAUCCAGUCUCUAGGGAAACCCCUGUCGGUCCAGAGGACUCAGUCUGAGGAGCAGUUUGAUCUGCUAAAAUUUGGCCCUCCCAUGAGGAAGGAGACAGACCCCUCUCAUGACCUGGUAUCAUAUGACGAAUGGAGCAUUUCAGGAGAUGAAAAGAACUCCUCGAGUCUACUGGAGUGUGUUGAGGAAGCAUUGCUUGAAAGGAGGUUAACCGUCAAGAGAGCGCCCUCUGCUGAGCACUCUCCUGAAGAAGAUGAUGGUGAUGAUGAUGAUAUGGAUAAAUGUGGCACAGUGAAGAGGAGUGGGGUCCUCAGUCCUGCCCCAAGGCAUACCAUCCCCCCGUCCACUGACACUACUUGCCCCAUAGAAUGCACUGGCAAUUGUGACUCCACCCCUCCCACUGUCACACCUCCAUUCACAGACCCCACCCUGGCUGAACCCUCUCUCUUCAGCUCUACCAUCUUUGCUGACACCACCAACUGCUCCUCUCCCUCUGAAGCAUUACCAAUUUUAGAAAAGGCUCAAAUCCAUCAUCCUGAGACACUAUACUGCGCUGAAGGGUCUGGACAGAGGCCGGAGAAGAUGGCCGCCAAGGCCCAGCAGCCCCCACUGUCUCCAGAAUGGAGCACACUCAGGAGGAAAACUGAGGACUCGAGAGGUGAUUGCCAUGGACUUCCACCCACACCCAAAGUCCAUAUGGGGGCCUGUUUUUCCAAGGUGUUUAAUGGCUGUCCAUUAAAUAUCCACUGUGCUGUCACAUGGGUCCUGCCAAAGACUAAAGAUCAACACCUCAUUCUGGGGACAGAGGAGGGCAUCUAUACCCUGAACCUCAACGAGCUCCAUGAGGACACAAUGGAGAAGUUAUUACCCCAGAGGUGCAGCUGGCUGUAUGUCAUGAACAAUGUGCUAAUGUCUAUCUCAGGGAAAUCAUCGCAGCUGUGCUCCCAGAGGCUGACCACCCUGUUUGAUCAUCGCAGACACCUGCCGAAGAGGCAGGGCCACCUGUCCAUCAACACCCACCGCCUCACCGAGAGGAUCAACUCAAGAAGGUUUUCUGUGUCUGGAAAGAUACCAGACACCAAAGGCUGUCGACGCUGCAGCGUUGUGCGUAACCCGUACACUGACAGCACAUUUUUGUGUGCUGUUGUACCAACUGGCCUUGUCCUACUGCUGUGGUACGAGCCCCUGCAGAAGUUCAUGCAACUCAAGCAUAUCGCUGUGAGUCUCCCAGAAAGCCUCCCCAUCUUUGAACUGCUUGUCCUGGAGAAAGAGGAGUUGCCACAGGUGUGUGUGGGUGUGCGCAAGUUACAGGCCACUGUCAAGACCUGUGAGCAGGUCCACUUUGACAUCAUCCACUUGAAUGACACACCCAGAGCCCAGACAGGUAGUCAAUCUCUGAAGGUGAUGCAGGUAACUCAACUGGACAGAGACACAGUACUGAUUACUCUGGAGAACACUGUGAAAAUUGUGAAUCUGAAUGGAAAUCCAAGCAAAGGGAGGACCUCAAAGUUGACCUUUGACUUUUCCAUUGAGACUCUUGUAUGUUUGCAGGACAGUGUUCUGGCCUUCUGGAAGCAUGGGCUUAAAGGUAGAAGCUUGAAUAGUGAUGAGGUUACACAAGAGAUCACGGAUGAAAGUCGAAUAUUCAGAGUCUUGGGAACCUCAAGGGACAUUAUCUUGCAGAGUACUCUCACGGACAAUCCAUCUGCCUUAAGCAACUUGUACAUCCUGACGGGGCAUGAGAGUAGCUACUGAGGAAAUCUGAGAAUGGAGGACAUUCUGUCUCGAGGAAGUACACAGCAGUCUCCUACUACUCCUAAAAGGACAAGCACAAAGUCAAUAAGGAUGGAGCAAGGAUGCCUACAAUGGCGAGUGGUUGGCCAAAGAGACACAGCUGGGACUGUCUGAGCUUUGUUUGGAGUGGGCUUUCCUCACGGCUUCUUCGCAUCCAACCGCCAAAUAGACCUGUGAAAAUCAGUGGUUCAAAACAAUACCAGUGGCCUCGGCUACGUGAAGAUCUUGGCAUUGCAGUCACAGUUUUUUAAACCACACUUGUCAUAACUCUCCUGUGAGAGUUAGGAUCAGGUUACAGUGGGUCCGCUCUACAGCGUGCCCCCUCUCAUAGAGCGGGAAGUCGGCUGUUUUUAUGGCGGUCAUAAAAUACGCUGCCUCUCUGCUCUGUAGUGUUCGAUCUUGGAAUGUGGAACACAAGAGACCCUUGGACAUAAUUUAAACAAUAUUUAUAUUUUUGGGAAUGUGGGAGUGGUCCGUGAACACUUAAGGGACAGUCAUGACGAGUGUGUUUCAUUUGGUGAUCUCAUGAAGGACAGUAAACCCUCUACUGUGUCUUUGGUUGUGUACACUUCUUAAUUAUGGAGUUUACAUCUAAAUAUUGUGAAAUGUUUGUGAUUAAACAUGAAACUAUUUGUGAAAAGAUGUAAUGUGAUGUUAACCUUCUAAAUGAGUAAAUAUGGAUUUUCAUAUAGUUAACCAAAUCAGUGGCCACACCCACAUCAUUGCGUCAUGGAGCGCCCUUUUCUCAGACGUAUAAAACCCACUCCUGACUAAAUUUACAUUAGACUAUUAAACAUGGAGCUGUCGCUACAUGUUGAAAUGGUUAAGAACUACAACUCUAUAGGCCCAGGAGACCAGACAGCGUGUAGUGAUUGCCACACGGCUGGAAAUGGUUAAACUCUGAGACUAUCGAUCACUACAGAAUAAGAGCAAAUCCUAGACGUAGAAUUACUAGUCUGCAGCUGGAAAUUGCGUAAAUCUAGUAUGAGAAUAACGACAACCGCGGAAGCAUCUAUUCUAUGCAACGGCCACCUGUACGCCUGACAUAUCCAUUACAACAGACACUAUCCAGAGCUGCUGAGAAAGCUACAACCGCGAAUGACAUUGACUUCUGUGAACGUUAGCCAGAGACUCUCUGAUGAACUGACUCUCCAGCAGACGGACCGACGAUUCCAACAGUGAAGACAACGACAUACGGGCGUAAAUGUAUACAUUGCAAUUAUUUUCCAAUGAGCGGCCGUUCAUGUGCAAAGGAUUAGCAUUUCAAUUAAUAUAAUUAUCAACUGGGUAGUGAAUCCAUUUUGUCUUUCCCGCUCUUUCUGUCCCCACCCCUUUCCAUUGUCUACCAAGCCUCACAUAAUGGUUUAGCCCACUAGGGAAUUUUCAAUGCGUUGUGUUAGUAACCAAUAACUAUAUUGUUUGUUUGUGUUUAUGUGAUUUGUUUAGUUAGUAAAUAAAUAAUUAAGCCAAUUUGUAUAUCACUGAUUCAUUAUGGAGGCUAGGGUUCAUGUAGAUAUCCAAGGGUUUGCGACGUUCAGUAAUGAGAACUGAUGAGGGAAUAAAAUACAUGAAUACAAGACUGUACUCGAUAAGAAAAUAUCUGAGUUAUAUUCGGGAAUUAAAACUCUAUAAACAACAUAUUCCUGUGGUGCCCUGACCUCCUAGGUAAUUGAAGUUGCAUGAUUAGUUUAAUUGCGUAAUUAAAUUACACAUAGAGAAUUGAUUUGAUAAGAUACCGUCUUCACAUUUAAUGAUAGUCCAGACACAACACUUGUGUGAAUUCUUCUUCUUCAGACUGGUUGUGACUGGGUAAACACUUUGAACUGUAGCCCAAGACUGUCUAAGUCUGCAGUAACCCAGUACCAGCCUGAACAAUACUUUCCCAUAGGGCUGCUGUGUCUGUACUGAAGACAAGUAAAGUACAGGACCCAGUUUCCAUGGAUUGAGGUGGAAAACAAUGGCAUCAUGCAGCUCUGUGUGUAGGCUAACUGACAAUAAGUUAUAUGUGGUGAAAAACGCUUAAUUACAAGCAGAAAAAAAAUGUCUGCCUGUUCACCACGGGUUGAUAUGUUAUAAUUGUUUUUUCAGUUGUUGUUUUUCAAAACGAAAUUGGGGAGAAUAAAAAUGUAAUAAAAAAAUGAUGAAGGCCA